AUGUACAUAAGCAACGCUUUCAAAAUCAAAGCCCUAACCGAUCGAGGAGGAAUAUAUCAAGGAAAGCGAAAGCUUCAGCCUCGGCGGCGCAUGGCAACUCCUCAGCAGCAAGAAGAAGACUCUGAAGAUGACACAAACCCCAUCAAAGUCCUUCUACCAGGCAACGAAAACGGAUUCUCUGAACUACAACGUGACACACCAGCACAACAAGUGCAGCAGCAUUACAUCCGUUCGAUCAACUCAACGGUCGUGAUCCGACAACUCCCAUCUCAAGGUCUCUCCUUCCAGCUCUGGCCAGCAGCUACAACCCUUGUCACUCUCCUUGACAACCACAGCACCAGCCCUUUAUCACCAAUUCUUGAUGCAAUAUCCAACGGUCCGACUCUUGGGUCUCUUAGGAUUCUUGAACUGGGUUCAGGUACUGGAAUUGUAGGGAUUGCAGCAGCUGUGACGCUUGGUGCUAAGGUCAUGGUCACAGACUUACCUCACGUAAUACCCAACUUGCAAUUCAAUGUGGAUGCUAACGUUGACGUGUUGGCUUCACGAGGUGGGACUGUAAGCGUGGCAGCUCUGAGGUGGGGAGAGGAUGCUGACGUGGAGGCUGUGGGGAGGGAGUUUGAUCUUGUGCUGGCAUCCGACGUCGUUUAUUAUGAUCAUCUUUAUGACCCUUUGCUUAAAACGCUGCGUUUGUUGAUGCUGGGUGAGGGUAAGAAGAUGGUGUUUGUCAUGGCUCAUUUGAAGAGGUGGAAGAAGGAUUCUGCGUUUUUUAAGAGGGCCAAGAAGGUUUUUAACGUUGAGGUUGUUUACGUGGAUCGUCCCUCUGAAGGGUCUAGGGUUGGUGUUGUUGUUUAUCGUUUUGCUAGCAAGGCCCAAAGGUUGCCUUCUAGCUUAAAGAGCAAUUCAUGGUGA